UUGCAAACUUGUGAACUGCAUGAGUUGUGGACGAAAUCGGAUGGACUCCGGGCUCGUAUCACAUCCCAUUCAAACUCAUCAAGUUUUUCUCGGCUGCUUAUCAAGAAGAGCUUUGCUUACCACAAGAUGCCUCAACAGCCUCUUAAUCUCUCUGUGAUGAAAUUGGACGGCUCUACCUUCGACGUGCGAGUUUCAAGGAUGGCAACGGUGGCCAAACUAAUAGAGGCCGUGAAGGAUGUUUUUGAUCAGUCAGCAAAUGAGGAUGAAGUGAUAUCAUGGUCACAUGUUUGGGGUCAUUUUUGCUUAUGUUAUAAUGGCCAGAAGCUACUUGAUUACAAGGAAUAUAUUCGACUCAUCGGAAUCAAAGAUGGCGAUCAGCUUCGUUUUGUUCGGCAUCUAUCAGUUAAUAGCUUAUAAUCAACAGGAAAAGAGGCUAUGCUAUAUUCUGAACGAAGAAGAAGCUAUCCUUACAAUUGAUCGAUGUGGUUUAUGAUCUCAUCAUGAUGAACACA